CCGAGAAGCAGAUGUUAAUUUCGGUGGAAGUUUGAGAGAGACACCCACCAACGGCAUCUACAGCCAGCCAGCUUCACAGCUCUACUACUGCAACAGUACUACUCCUCUUCUUCCAGCAAACAUGACAGAGAGACGCAUCCCCUUCAGCCUGCUCCGCACCCCUAGCUGGGACCCCUACAGGGACUGGUACCAGGGCAACCGACUCUUCGACCAGUCCUUCGGUAUGCCUGCCCACGCAGAGGGGUUACCUUCCUUCUCCAGCACCCACUGGCCCGGAUACAUGCGCCCCGCCCUCGGCCACGACCUGUCAUCUGCCGGCUUCAUGCCCUCUAUGAUGCCCCACCAGCAGAGUGCAAUGAUGCCCUUAGUCCCAAUGAUGCCCCAAGCCCCAAUGAUGGUCCAGGCCCCUAUGAUGGCCCAGGCUGGGGCAGCAUCCUUCUCCCGCGCCCUUUCCCGCCAGCUCAGCACUGGCAUGUCUGAGAUCAAGCAGACCCAGGAGGCCUGGAAGGUCACUCUGGACGUCAACCACUUCUCCCCUGAAGAGUUGGUGGUCAAGACCAAGGAUGGCGUAGUAGAGAUCACUGGCAAGCAUGAGGAGAGGAAGGACGAGCAUGGAUUUGUGUCCAGAUGCUUCACUAGGAAAUACACACUGCCCCCUAUGGCUGAUGCUGAGAAGGUGACGUCCACCUUAUCUCCCGAGGGAGUGCUGACCGUGGAGACUCCUCUGAACAGGCAGGCCAUCAAGGCUGCAGAGAUCUCCAUCCCUGUCGCCAUGGGCAGCAGCAAGACCAAGCCCUACGACAUGACAACGAGGAAGGGAAGUGGCAAUGAAGAGGAGGAAGAAGAGGAGUGAAACUCCAAACAUAAACAUAAACACACACUCACACUCACACACACCUAGUAGACACAGAUGAAAUGGUUAGACAGAAAGAGAGAAGGUAGGCAAAACUGUGAUAAUUCCACACCUAUUGUAUAGUUACAGUAGGCUCUGGAAAUGCUUCUAUAACGUUAUACGUUUCACGUGUGCUCACACUAACACCACUUGCCUGCUGUAUCCCACACUGCAGUAAUUACUAUAUGCAUUUGAGUCAAGCCACAACAAAAAACAGUUACACACACACACACACAUACACACACUCUCCUCAUUCCUACUAUGCGCUUGCUAGGAACUGAAAAUGAUUAGAUCUGCAAACAGUGACUGCAGUCCUGCUGUUGCAUCAUCAUGCUGUGCUUGCUGCCUCUCUCUCUCUCUCUCUCUCUCUCUCUCUCUCUCUCUCUCUCUCUCUCUCUCUCUCUCUCUCUCUCUCUCUCUCUCUCUCCCUCU